UCCUGGGAGAUCUCUGAUUCCAAACCAUGACAUCGGCUGUUUGUACAUUCGGGAAACCAAGUCCAAGCACUGUACAGUAAACCUAAGCUUCAGCACCCCUGGCGGAUCCUAAGCAGGGUCGGGGCCCCCGCUGUGCGACAGACAGUGCGCGUGCGCAGAGAGGUGCAACCGCCCGGCUGCCGUAGUUUUUCUUUUCACGUGCGCUCCUGGCUGUCAUGGCGGCCUUUCGGAAGCCUGUUUUGUUAGGGCUUCGGGACGUGGCGGUGCGCGGCAACCCCACAGGGCCGAGCUCCUGGACUGCUAGCAAGUUGGGCGGCGUUCCGGACGUCCUUCCCGGAGUAGCAGCGCCGAAGCCGGAGUGCGAACGCUGCAGGCAGCCGCUCGCCCUGGUCGUGCAGGUGUACUGCCCCCUGGAGGGCUCCCCGUUUCAUCGGCAGCUGCACGUGUUCGCUUGCGCCCGCCCCGGGUGCGGCGACCGCGGGGCGCGCAGCUGGAAGGUGUUCCGCUCCCAGUGUCUGGAGGUGCGAGAGAGAGAGACACAGGACGCUCAGAACCAGGAAAAUGACCUUGCCGCUGAGAACUGGUGUGAAGGUACAGAUGACUGGGGAAGUGACAGUGAGGAGAUGCCUCCGCCACACCUUACUUUGGGUUUUGGAAAUGAUUCUAACAGUGCCAGAGAUGUAGACUGGACUGCCCAGCUCCAAGACCUCCAUCUGCAGGACACCUUCCUGUCUGCUGCUCAUUCUGCGCCUCCAGCGGAAGGGAUGGCCGCCUCUGCUGUGAUGCUGCAGUUCCUGCCCUACUACAUCUGUGUCGUAGAUGAGGAUGACUACAGAGACUUUGCUAGUCUAGAGCAUGCCCACACCCUUCUGAAGGACUACCAGCAAAGAGAAGGGGUUGAUAUGGAGCAGUUGCUUUCCCAGAGUUUUUCAAGUGGUGGUGAUGAGAAGUAUGAGAAGACCAAGAUUAAAAGUGGAGAUCAGAUGUUUUACAGAUUCAUGAAGAGAAUUGCUGUUUGUCAGGAGCAGAUUUUAAGGUAUUCCUGGAGCGGAGAGCCCCUCUUUCUGACCUGCCCUACCCCAGAAGUCUCCGUGGUUCCAGCCUGCAGUCACUGUGGUGGCCAAAGAACAUUUGAGUUUCAGCUUAUGCCAGCACUGGUCAGCAUGCUCAGAAGUGCUAGUUCGGAUCUUUUGGUGGAAUUUGGAACAAUUCUAGUUUACACAUGUGAGAAGAGUUGCUGGCCUCAAAAUCAUCACACUCCCGUGGAAGAAUAUUGCAUUACACAAGAAGAUCCAGAUGAGUUACUAUUUAAGUAGAGCAUUCCCUUUUAUUAUAGAAAUGAAAACAAAUUUUAAUAUACAAA